AUGUUCUCACCCCUUAGGACUGUGGUGAGCUCUGGGUUGGGCAGGAGAAGCUUGGAGGGCCAGCCAAUGGAUGGUGAACUUGAAUUGGAACUCCCAUCCAACUCCUUGUGCUCAAUGAGGAGGUUGGUCUUGCAAAACUUGAUGUCCAUCCAACCUGGUUCAGUAGACUCUCCUUCAGUUGGACUCCAGCUGCACAAAGAUAGGUUGGAGCUGGUCAAGGAAGGCAUGAAUUCCCUGUGUGCCCUAUCUCCCCUGAUCUUCUUGCCCAUCCUUGUGCGUGAGAUGAUGGGCUUGAUUCCCAUGUCAAGGAGCUUCACUUCUCCCUCAUUGAUUGUCCAGUGCCUUCCUUGCAAAGAAGGUGUUGGCAAGUGCCUUGUGCACAUAUCUCAAGACUGGGCUCCUGAUCUGAGCAGCCUUGGACCUUGA